AUGGCGCACACCUUAGUCGAACCCGAACAAAACGCAAAAAACGGAGUCUUGGAACCUUUGCCGAAGGACCGAAACACAGUCCUUCGACCAGAAGAAAACCCCAACGGCUCUCUUCCAACCUCACCUAUACCUCCAGAGUCAUCACACGAUGUCAGAUUUCCAUCUCCGACACUAUGUAAACCUAUCAGGUCUCCUCAAGUGGCACCUACGUCUAUCCCCGCAACUCUUACAUCAGAUGCUGAAUUCCGGAUUAUCGAAGCCGAACUUACAAAUUGUGAAAUGACCCGCGAAGCGCUAGCACGACGUGAAGCUGUACUUCAAGAACGAAAAGCGGAGAUAGUUCGAGAAAACAAGAUGCGCCUGGACAAAGAGGUACGCGACUUGGCGAUGGGAGAUGAAGAGGAAGAUAUGAACGAGGGAUUGUACAUGCGCGAGGUGCAGAGAAGAAUAGAAGCAAAACUUCAGAGGGCAGAUGGGAACACGAAUGAAGCAAUGGAGAAGAAGGUACAGCAAGUAGAGGAAGUAAAAGAGGCUAAAGUCGUUCCCGUCAGUGCACCAGAGCGGAGACGACUUGCGCAUCUUACGUUGCUUAAGAACGAUCCUAGGCUUGGCUGA